GGCACGCAUCACGAAUUUCGGUGCCUCUGAGGCCGAAGUGUUCUCCUAAGCACUGGCGAAGGUUCUCCUAAGCAGUGGCGAACUUUGGGUGUACCGGCCUAUCCGCUUAAAACCGACCACUAGCUAUAGAUACCGUACUGCUCCACCGUUUUAGAAGCUGCAGAGACUUGGCACUGGAGACACGCACACCGACACACCCUCACCUCACCACAAGGCGUUCUACACCUGCGCCCAGUUGUUCUGUAUGCUGCGGAGCACGCGGAGGGCUUCGUCCACCUGGCACUGCAACGCUGCCUCGGACUCCAGGAGCACCAUGAGCUCGCUAUGGUCCAUCUCGAGCAUCAUGCCCGUGAUCUUCUCGGCGAGCUCUGGCUGCUUCUUCGCUGUCGCCCAGACCAGCCUCUCCCCGAUCAUUUGCUUCUGCACCGAGGGGGGGGACCGCAGCGAGCGCCACCGCGCUCAAGGGCGCGCCGCCCCGCCCCUGCACGGGCGCCCCUCCGCAAACAAAAGUCACCUUUACCGCCUUAGGGAAUCCCCUAAUAUCAUCAAAGGUCAAAUGGAAUCGGACUCUAUCUCCAACGCACGGCCGGAAGCCCUGACAAUCGCUUUUGUGGAGGAACACGUCGCGAAGAGGGUGAUCUUUGGCAACAUCAGCGCUGUGAACAAAGCCAAAUGCACCUCUAAAUUUAGCCACAACUCCUUCUCUGAUUUCUGCACAGAAUACAGCUGUCAGUUGGAUCGCGUCUUUGCCACAUGUUCUAAUCUGCUCGUCGUUGGUCAAACCCUUGGCACCAUGGAGAAGCAUUACUGAAUGAAGAGAUGGAUCUUUCUCGCUGAAAUCUAAUAUCCGAACCUUCAGAUCCCAUAUAGACGAUGAGGGAUGAACCAUUUCUGGGCCAAAUACAACAUCACCACCAAUACCCAACGCUGUUACUUCGAUAGGCACUGCGUGCCCAGCCUCUCCGAGCAAAGACAUUCGCGCGGAAUCAACGCCGCGACUCGAUCCCGGACCCAACCACCUACGAGCUGGCUUUAGCCGAAGAGGUAUGAAUCGAAACUUCUUUAGCCCAAA